UAUAUUUCUAAUAGUUGCGUCGCUAUUUUAACGUUGUGUUAAAAUGUAAAAUAUAAAAUGUGCGUAAAUAUUUGAUCUAUUGUAUCAAAUAUUGCAUUCGUAGUGAAAGUGCUCUACACAGAAACAAAUACAUUUUUGAGUUUGGCAUUUUGAGUCAUUGCAGAUUAGAGAAUAACAAUUUAACAUUUUUGGAACAGUCUGCAGACCCAUGGAGAUGAUUUAUGUCGAACCGAUUUGUUACCUCGAAUUAUUAAUUGCAGUUCGACGACAAAAAAUGCCGCGAGGUGAAUAUAUUUCGAAGCGUUUCCUUGUUUGUUUUACGAUGAUCCAUCUCGGAAUCGUGGAAUCGCCAACAUAGAUUUCGAAACAAGUGACGUCAACGGGGAACAAAAACUGCGCCUUGAUUAGCUAAAAAAACUCCGAUCCCCCGGAAAGACCUUGCGGAACAUUCGGAGCAAUGACCAUCCUCGCGUGGAUGACGACGGAAUCCUUUGUCAAAAUAUUACAAUGGCGGCUGGUUCACAUCGUCUGCAGAUCGUAUCGCGAAAUGUUCGUCGAAAACUGCGAGGUUCCCGCGGUUCCCGUGACGAACUCGAGAUUCGGCAGUCCUUCGACGAUCGUCUGGCUGAUCCUCGCUGGUGAACUUCUGAUCGGUGGCUUUGUAUCCGGUCUUCUGGCAAUCCUCGAGUUCGUGAAGUCGUUGCUGCCUAAACCGCCAAGAGAUCUAACUGGCGACGUGGUCUUGAUAGCCGGUGCCGCGUCGUCCCUCGGCGAAUCUCUCGCGGAUGAGUUCGCCAAAAGUGGUUGCUCCGUGAUCUGCGUGGACCAGGAUGCUGAGGCGAUCAAAAGGAUAGCCAGCAGCUUGAACGCGCGCUACCCCAUCGUCGAGGAAGUGAAGCCGUCCCACAGAAAGGACGCCUCGUCGGGGCCGAGAACAGGGAAAACCGCUUACGAAUGCGAUCUUCUAAACAGAGACGACAUACGGAAAGUAGCCGAAAAGAUUAAGGACGAGGUUGGCAGAGUCGACAUUCUUGUGACCUGCGUGGGCAGUCUGGAUCAAGAUAUAUUCGACACGGCCAGCAAAACGCUGAUGAGCCAUUUUUGGACGGUGUUGGCGUUCCUGCCGCUCAUAUUGUACCGCGAACGGGGCCACAUCGUCGGCGUCACACCGGUUGCAUCGUGUCGCGACGCUUACCACGGUUCAAGGGCGGCGAUAACCAGUCUCAUGGAGAGCUUGUGCCAAGAAUUGAGCAACCAUAGCAGCCGGCUGACGUUCCUGGCGUUCUCGCCAAUCGCGAGAUACAGCACGCCGGAAGAAAGCGAGAAAGAGGUGGCCGCGGGCAUCGUGCAAGCGGUGCGGACCGAUCGGAACACUUUGAAUGCCGACUGGACGUCCACGCUCUUGUAUCGGAUGAGCUGCGCGGCGUAUCGCUGCAUAGCGACGUUCACGGAAUGGGUUCACUCGCAAGGGGCCGACUAGCGCGAGGUUUCGUGCGUUUUUCUGUGCCACGUGGAACACGAUCGAACGAAUCGAGGGUGCACGAAGAAGGCGGAAGUCACGCUGCCGAUUCCAGGAUCUCGAAGAAACUCGCACGGUGAAUCGAGAGAACAAUGUACAAAAACUGACGAUACAGCACUGUUGAUGCAGUUAGAACUAAUUAGCGCAGGAAGAACACGCGGGUGCGUAGAGAAGGCACGAUUUAUUCAAGAAUGAACAAGGACGAGAAGAGGAGAGACGGUCGCACAGAAAUUUCAUGUAAUGACUCCGUUCGGGAUCGAUGAUACGCGGCGGUUCAGUCGGGUAUCAGAACGUCGUAAUGGCCGCUGUCCGAGUUUCCGGUGAACAGGAGCCUCGCGGUUCGAUAAUAAGAGCUCACAUGGUUGUGGAACACACGCUUCAGUUGAUAUAUGUCUCUGAUUUCCCGGUAUAUCGACAGGUUCAUGUAAUUCAUUUUCGUGGCCACCGUGCACUCCAACUCGCUGGCAAACGUGCCUACUAUGCUCAUGUAGUCGCAGUACGCCUGACGGUCCGAUAUGUUCCAUUCGGCCAUCACGAAUGGCCCGUACUCGUACCAGUUGUCCUUGAUGUGUUGGACGACCUGUUGGACGACGGCAAACAAAUGUCAAUUAUAAACGUGAUUUAUUAAACGGCCGCCGUUUCGACGCGAACGAAACGAAGAUUGCGAUCGCGUAGUCGUUAACUAGACCGCGGCUCUUUACGCGCUCGGGGUUUCUAAAAUGGGGAGGUGCGCGCACCGAUACGAAGAUCAUUCGAAUUAUUAUUCGCGAUAAGAAACUUCUUAGUCGACGUAAGAAACUCGGCUCUUCUUCAGGCGGUCGGUAAUCGAGCAACGAAAACGAGAAUCUGCAUGAAGAUCUAGUCCAGUCAUUGCAAUCUGUUUUUCUUUUUCUCUCGAAGAAGUAGCUUAUUGGUCGAACGUUUGGAACGUUAAAUAAACGAACUUGCAUAAUCGUUGCAAGUGAUUUUAAUGGUUUAGCAGUUACCGAAGCAUCGACUGAAGACGAGUCAAUUUCUUAAUAGCAUUCAAUCUUCGUUUCUAACGAUUGCUUGAUUAUUCGCGUAUAUUAUAUGUUCGUAUCAAAUUAGGAUCUUUCCGUGUUAAGUUCUACUUGUAAGAAUGGUCACGAUCGAAACAUUGAAGUGUUAGCAGACAAAAUUUAUUUUUAAUAUAUCCGACAAAGCUUCUAAACUCUGCCUCGUGCAAAUUAGAUGAUCAUUUGAAAUUCUUGGGAUUUUGAAAAUCUCUCUCGAGAUUUUCAAAAUCGUUCGAAUAUGAUACUUGAUACUGACGAUUUAAACUAUGCUUCUUCAAUGGGAUGAGCUAUUCAGGUUCCCUGCAAGCCAAUCGGGGAACAGCGCGCAUUAAUUUUCAAGCCGCGAUUCGCGUUACUCGAGAAAUCAGUAUAACUCCUCUUUACGACGUUUACCAAAUGCUUCAUAAUUAGGAUACGUAGCGAUUCAUAAAUUAUUGUAACAAUUAAAGACUGUUGCUGAGAGAAACGCGCCGACGUAUGCGAAACGGUCGCCGAGUAAAUCGAAGUGCAGCGCCUAGGUCCUAUUCCUGCAAGCUUUUCUUCCUCCCUAAAUGAACACUUGUGUCCCCCGCCAUUCGAAUGCGCAUCCAAUUCCGGAGCGAAUCUCGUCUCAGCGGAGAAUUCUCUCAGCCAUCGGUGCAAAGCAAUUUCUGUUCCCACAUCUCGGUGGCUGAGCAAGUUGCGCCCCGAAGCCGAAGCGCAAGAAUAGGACUUACUAGUUGUACCAGGAAAAAUAAAGCGCACCAUUGUACGGA